UGGUCGGAGUUGGAAAGUUCGACAGAGUCGACAGAAAUGGCGGCGCUCUGUCCAGGUGUUAAGUAUGGUUUGUCAUCGCAAGAAAAUUUUGGUGGAAAUAAAGACUUAAUUUUUGUGAAAUUAACCGAUUCGGCUCUACGUGCAAUUGAGGACUAUAUUAAAAAUCAGAACAAAUUCAGUGCUAGCCAAAAUCCAACCAUAAAGUUCCUAGGAAAUGAAGGGCAAUUAUCCUUCCCAUCGUUUCAAAACGGCAUUACAUCCUUUAAUUUUUCAAUGUCGACCACGGCCGACAUGGAGGGUCCCGGUGGCAGCUUUGAAUGCAUACAACAAUUAUCACCUCCUCGAGGUUCUUUGGAAACACUGGGUGUUGUACCUUACAAAAUACGCAUUCAUGCCAAUGAUGAUAUUUAUGAAGCCACACGACAUCGUAUGACGGUGGCCGAAGAAAAUCACAAAAACAAAUGCACAAGAGAAAUAAAGCCAAAUCAAACAGAUAUUGGACGCAAAGUAAAAGUAAAACAAAUCAUUGGUAAAACGGUAACGCCUCCGUCCCGCCGAGAUGCACCGCAGCAGCGCGAGAACGGUCCAAAAAUGUAUCAGUCCAAUAUGUCUUCAAAACCGGUUCAGCCAACGAAUGGUAUGACGAAUGGUUUUGGCAAUAGUCUAAAUAAUUCUCGUACGCAAAAUAAGCCAUCAAUGCCCGAUAUUGCACGACGGCCAAUUAGGGAACGGUUACUACAUCUCCUUGCUUUAAGACCUUUCAAGAAACCAGAAUUAUACGAACGUCUAGUGAAAGAGGGUCUCCGCGAAAAGAACAGCAUGACAUCUAUUUUAAAGCAAAUCUCAUUUUUAAAAGACAACGCCUUCCAUCUUAAUAGAGCUAUGUGGAACGAUGUAAGGGAAGAUUGGCCAUUUUACACUGAAUCCGAAAGACAAAUGCUCAAACGGCGCAAACCUCAAAACCUCACUCCUCCCGGAAGUAGUGACGGUGGUAGUUCAGGUAGUGGACAAUCACCGACGAGCACACACCCGGGUUCGCCUCCGCCGCCCAUAUCUUCUUCCAAACGACCUGGUUACUAUGACGGUGUUGACGGUUUGCCUACCAAGCGUCCUCGCAUAUCUCACUAUCGUAAGCCGUCAGAAUCAAUUUAUCGCUCUCCUGCCGAAAAUAUAAGUCAAAGACGGCCGGUAACCGACUCACGAGAUGCUAGUAAUAUGAAUCCUCGUAGCAGGGAACCGACAACAAAUGGAUACUCCAAUAGUAGUUAUAGUAACGAAAUUCUCAAUGAGAAGCACAGUGAUGAGGAAGAUGUGGCCAAUCGAAAACGUUCUUGUGAUAGUCAUAGUUUAAGCUUCAACGUUAAUCGUGAAAAAACAUAUAACGACAGCAAUACUAGUUAUUCUCCAUACAAGGAUGAUAUUGUAGGAAAAGAUGAUCUUCAAGAUAAUACAAGAUUAGUGAAUAAUGAUUCGUUUAACAACGAGAGAAUUAGGCGGAGCGAUUUAUUUAAUGGUGACCAAAAUAAAUCAGUCAACACGUUAAAUAAUACUAGGAUAAAAGACAAUCAGUUGGAUAUUAAUCGUAGGAACAAUAAUGUAUCAUCUAGACCAAAACAUAGUCCUAAUAGUGAGAUGGAUAAAAUUUCGUUAAGCGAAACGGGACCUCCAAAUGAAAGUGCGGUUGACAGUGAAUUUCCUGAUUAUCUUACCGAGUAUGCCACCAUACGGAAUGGGGAGCAGAGACGAAGAUAUAAAUCGGAUUUUAAUGCCGAUUAUGCCGAGUAUAGAGAGCUGCAUGCCGUUGUAGAGAAAGUUUCUCGUAGAUUUGCGGAAUUAGAAGAACGUCUUAAGCAAGAAAAUAUUGCGAGUCCAAAGUAUAAAGAUAUUAAAAAGCAAAUUUUUCGCGAAUAUAAACAAAACAAACAAGAUAUAAUGCAUCAGAAAGCGAAAGGACGAUUUCAAUACUUACACGACAAACUAUCACAUAUAAAACGACUUGUGCUGGAGUACGACCAACGAAUAGCGGAUGAUAGGUACUGACCUUGGGCGUGGGCCCACUGGCCUGCUGACCUCAACGCAUUGCUAUGGACUUCUGCCUUGAAUUUAAUGUCGACAUCAUAUGUUUCUUUUUUUAUUGCUUAAGUUUUUAACUACUUAAGAGGAGUUGAAUGGUGGAGCUUUUGAUAUUAAAUUAUAAAAAAAUCGUGUACGUUAGUUUGUAAUUGUAGCCGUGUACGUCAUAUUGAUUUAUGGUAUUUAAGGGAAAGAGAAAAGCAAAAGCCACAUAAUUCGACGAUUCUUAAUGUUUUGUUAAUAAUUUUAAUCUUAAAGUUAUUCGUUGAUUCUGAUUGUUUUAUAAGAAAAAGGCGUCAACUCAAUUUAAAUGUGAUACCGUUACGUUCCACGUAAAUAGGCAAUUAAAAUGUUUUUCAGAAUCACUUUGAUAAAGAAAACUAGGAUUCAUUGCGCAACUUUGUGCGUGCGUAGUUAAUUUUUAGAAUUGGCACAGUUUUUAUUUAUUUACUGAUCUCUGUACAUAUCUGUUUCUUUUAGCGACUGUGUCAUAAUUAUGCAUAUUAUGUUAACUGUUUGUAGAGCAAACACUUAAUACUCUUCCGUACUAUUCAGAGCUAUUUAUUAUGUGUUUAUAUUGUUAUUUUUACCGAUGUUGAUGGUUACAGCGAGAACAGUUUUAUUAUUAUUAUUAGUUGGUGCUUCCAAUUUCUAAUUAUCACUUUAAUACCUAACUCACCGACAUGUGAAAUGUGUUUUUAUUGUUUGAGAGAAAAAGUCAAAAUUGAUAUUUGAAAUUAGUGGUUGUAUGUGUUUGCGGUUUUUUAAUUGUGCCCUUUGAUGUAAAGCCACCACCAGUGCCAGACAGCUUUGAAACAAUUCGGUUUGUUUGCAAACCUUAUUAACUGGCAUAUUAAUAUGCAUACCUACUACAGUAUCGUAAGCAAUCUGUAAUGAUCGAUCAUAACCUAGAAAUAAUAUGUACAUUGAACUGUGAUGGCCAAGCUCAUUCCGCAUUUAGUGUUAUUUAUGUUGUCCAGUAGCAGUGCUUUUCCUGCCAAUCAGACUGUCCAUCUGUUGCCCCACAUAGGCAAAGUGGUUGUGAUUGUACAUACGAUUUUUGAUGACGACCUGGCCUGACCUUGAUUCAUCAUGUUUAUAUUUAUACAGUACCAUGUAUCUAUAUAAGUACAUAUAUAAUAUAUAUUCAUAUGUUAGAGUAUGCUUAAUCAAUUCUGUCUUUUUGCUUAUAUUUUGAAAAAAUGCAAAGUAAUAUUAAAUCGUAAAAAAAAUUAUUAAAUGUCAUUAGUCCGGGGUUGUGUAAUUACUAUACGUACUGAGUCAAAGUUAUUCUCUGAAAGAAUUGUCAAAUGUUUCGUUUACAUGACAUGGAUUAAUGUGAUAAAAAAGAAUUGGUUCAUUGGUUGUUUGGUUGGUAAUACAUAAGUAAUUCCAGUGACCGUACGUACACUUAACCAUAAUUUUUUUGUUACAAGAGAGCUGAAUGAAUGUUGUGCUCUCUGUUGUCUUAACUUUGCCACUUUUAGUCACGGGUUGGCUAGAAUUUGUGCCAAUUAUAUGUGCUUGCCAACCAUUAUAAAUACAAUUAGCGAUCCUGUGUGAGAUUUCUGCAGUGCAGCAGUUUGUACAUAAUUAAUGUGAUUGGUUGUGACUCACACACGAUCCGUGCCAGGCUCAUAAUAUCAAGUGGCUACGGUUUUAUAAGUACAUUAUGUUUAUUUGUAAAUGAAGUAUGCAAUAUAUUUAAAGCAUUAUGAAGUUUUAA